AUGAGCACAGAAAACACCGGAUACCCCGACCCCCUGACCGGUCAGGAUGGGAAUGAGCCAGGCUUCUGGGCACAAGCCGCCGUUGACAACCCAUGGCGUCGCGGAACUCGCUCCAGUACACAACAAGGGACACGCCAUAACCUGCUUCGAGCGAUGCUAUUACGCCGAGAACCUGCUCUACGUGUCUCAACCGAUGGUACAGACUUCCAUUCCACCCUCGGUCGAAAGAACGCAAAUAUCGAGGCCCUCUUGGCACAGUCAGUUUGA